UAAAUGUUAGUGCAAGCGCUAGAAAUUAUUUAUAAACAGCAUGAAAUCUUUAUUAAUGAGUAAAUCAUAAAUAGUAGAGAUAAUCGAAGCGCUCUGCUUUUUCCGAUAGAAAAAUAUAUUAGUUGGAAAGUAUACUGUUUUAAUAUAUAAUACUUUCUCUCUGAAUAUUUACGACUUAACGUCAACCGGUGUGAGUUGCUGUGAGAGAAGAAUUAAAGCUUGGCCUGAGCAUGGCUUCUUUAAUUAAUGUGUUUAGGCGGACUUCGUUGUCUUCGUCUGGAUCUCUUCAAUUGCCAUCUUCUCAUCGUUUGGCGGUAUUACAUUUACGUCCUUGGUUAUUUCAUCGCAGUUCUUCUUUGUCGCAAUCCAAAUGUGCCAAGCAGAUUUACAGAAACUCUACAAGAUGCCUUUGCACCACAAAUUCUGCAUCUCAACUUUCCAAAGAGAUCUAUUGGAACGAUGCAUCUGACAAAAAUGAAACGAAAUUUGAUAAAAUUUUGAUAGCAAACCGUGGUGAAAUUGCUGUGAGAGUGAUCAACACAUGUCGUCGCUUGAACAUCAAGACCGUGGCUGUCCACAGUGACAUUGACUCAAUGGCGCUACAUGCCCAACUAGCAGAUGAAGCUGUGUGUAUAGGGCCAGCACCAACCAACCAAAGUUAUCUUGACAUGGAUGCCAUUUUGAAAGCUGUCAAAGAUACAGGAGCUCAAGCCGUCCAUCCUGGUUAUGGCUUUCUAUCAGAAAAUACAGUUUUUGCAGCUAAAUUGGAUGAAAUGGGUGUUGCCUUCAUUGGUCCAAACAGUGCCUCUAUCCAGUCUAUGGGUGAUAAAAUUGAGAGUAAACGCAUUGCAGGUGAUGCUCAGGUAAACCUCAUUCCUGGGUUUGAUGGUGAAGUCCAAGACGUUGAGCAUUGUGUGCAACUUGCUAAUGAAAUUGGUUAUCCUGUUAUGAUCAAGGCCUCAGCUGGAGGUGGUGGAAAAGGGAUGAGAAUUGCCAGAAGUGAUAAAGAAGCAAGAGAUGCAUUCCGUUUGUCUACGCAAGAAGCUGCUGCCAGUUUUGGUGAUGACCGAAUGCUCAUAGAAAAAUUUAUCGACAAUCCACGCCACAUUGAGAUUCAGGUACUCUGUGACCAACAUGGAAAUGCAGUCUAUUUAAAUGAACGAGAAUGUUCAAUCCAGAGAAGGAACCAGAAGGUGAUAGAAGAAGCACCCAGUACUUUUAUUGAUCCAGCUGUACGUAAAGCUAUGGGAGAGCAAGCAGUGAGAUUAGCCAAAGCUGUAAAUUAUUCUUCAGCAGGUACAGUGGAAUUUUUGGUUGAUUCUCAAAGAAAUUUCUACUUUUUGGAGAUGAAUACUAGAUUGCAGGUGGAGCAUCCAAUCACUGAAUGUAUUACUGGUAUAGACAUUGUCCACCAAAUGAUCCGGGUAGCUAAAGGACAUAAAUUAUCAUACACUCAGUCUGAUGUCCCUAUCAAUGGCUGGAGCUUCGAAUGUCGAGUUUAUGCUGAGGACCCUUUUAAAAACUUUGGUAUGCCCUCCAUUGGUCGUCUUUCCAAGUACAUUGAACCUCUUCAUAUACCACAAGUACGAUGCGACAGUGGCAUUAUGGAAGGUAGUGAGAUCAGUAUUUACUAUGAUCCCAUGAUCUGCAAGCUUGUAACCUAUGGUAAUUCUCGGGAAGAAGCCCGAGAACAGAUGAUUCAGGCUUUAGAUGCUUAUGUAAUUAAAGGUGUAGCCCAUAAUAUCCCUCUUCUUAGGGAUAUUCUGACUGAAUCUAAAUUUGUGGCUGGAGACCUGACAACUGAUUAUUUAAUGCAGACAUAUCCGGAGGGAUUCUUGGGCAAAGAGCUAUCAGCUGGUGAAGUGUCUGAGCUAGCUUCCAUAGCCAGUGUUCUCUAUGCUAAAGCUGAGCUAAAAUCUUGGGCUAUCUCCAAUCAAAAUGUUUCAGUCGAUGAAACCCCUUGCAGUUGGUCUCUUGUGGUAAAAUUAGGAGAAGAUUCUAUAAAGGCGGAUGUCACUCACUUUCCACUUUUAAGACAGUAUCAAGUGACUGUAAACAACCACACUGCUACCAUUCCUGAUGAAUUCACCUUGUCACAGCCUAGAAUCACAGCCAACAUCAACGGCAAGACACACACUGUACAGUUGAUUUCACGAGAACCUUCAGGAGCAAUGAAAAUACAAUUAUAUGGAACUGUGUUUAAGAUCAACAUACUUGAUGAACUGGCAGCUGAUCUGAUGAAGUACAUGCCUGUUAAACAGGAAGUUGACCGAAGCAGUAUGCUUGUAGCACCAAUGCCUGGAAUUCUAAAGUCUAUUGCUGUUGCUGCUGGUGAUGUGGUAUCUGAAGGUCAAGAACUGUGUGUUCUGGAAGCUAUGAAAAUGCAAAACAGUUUAGUUGCUGGUAAAACGGGGACGGUGAAGAAAGUUGAUUUCAAAGCUGGUGACACAGUUAAUGAGGGUGACAUUCUUGUGGAACUCGAGUAAAGCUUGCCUUUGUGCUGUUCUUACCCUCACCCUCAAUUCCCACAUUCACGCCUGUUUCUUCUUAGGCACUUGUAGCAAAUUGAUAUCUGCUGCACUGGGUGAUCCCUAACCCUCUAAUCACAUUGAUCCAUCAACUUUACUGUUUAAUAAAAUUCUAUUUGUCUUUCUCUAA